AAAAUGAUGUGGAACUAAUCUUGGUCAACAGGAAGGAGCGGACUGUGUUCACUGUGACCCAAGGCUACUUGGCUCAGGAAGCCCAAAUUCUGCAUUGCACCGCUGACCUCAUGAACAGCAGCCAGCCUCCCUUAUCAGCGUGACUCCAGUGCUGCGAUGGCGGAAGCGGGGGGUGUAGACCUGAGCCGCAAGUUUGUGUCGGAGUCGGAGCUCGAGGAGAAGAGGAAGAAGAGGCAGGAGGAGUGGGAGAAAGUCAGGAAGCCUGAGGACCCUGAGGAGGUUCCAGAGGAGGAGUAUGAUGGCAGGUCUCUGUUUGAGCGACUGCAGGAGCAGAAGGACAAGAAGCAGGAGGAGUAUGAGGAGCAGUUCAAAUUCAAGAACAUGGUGAAAGGUCUGGAUGAGGAUGAGUCCCACUUUCUGGACGAGGUCUCCAGGCAGCAGUCUCUGGUGGAGAAACAGCGGAGAGACGAGGAGCUGCAGGAGCUGAAGGAGUACAGGAACGCCCGGACCAGGCUCGCGGCCCACAGUGAGAGCCGGAAGGAGCCGGAAAAGCGGGCGGCACCCAAACCGACCGAACACAAGAGCCACCUAUCCCAGGCGCACCUGCUAGCCGGGGCGGUGAAAAGACGCAGCUCCUCACAGUCAUCUGAUGGCUCCAAGAAACAGAAGCAGGAGGGGACUGAGGUGAUCGUCAACAGAACAGAGCAGGAGGUGAGUGAGGGCGAGGGCAGGCGUGCCGUCUCAGUGGCGGGGGCCCGGCCGGGCGUGGUCCACCUACCGUCGGCCGCCGUGUGCGUGGGGAUCCUCCCCGGGCUGGGAGCCUACUCCGGCAGCAGCGACUCCGAUUCCAGCAGCGACAGCGAAGUUUAACCCUUAGCAGCCCAGCCUCCAGUACACAGCCCCGCUCCCUCCUCCAGCCGAGCCAAUGAGCGAAGGGAAGACAUGGGUGCGGAGGACCAAAGAAAGCCCCCCCCCCCCCCCCCCCCCCCCCCUCCCCCCUCCUCACAAAGACCUGGUCCUACGCAGCAGGGGAAGGCAAACACGUGACCGCUUCUCAGAUGAAAUCGCUGCGAGAAUGUUCUAUGCUUUGUUUUUUUGUUGUUCUUCUUUUUGUUAAAACUGGGGGAGAGAGUGUUUGCUGGGUGAGUUUUGUUUUCUUUCUUCUUCAAGAGUGUCCUCUGUCUGUGUGUGCGAUGUUGAAUUUUAAUGCAAUUUGUGGCAGGGGGGAAUAAAAUGAACUGUUUUCAGAGUU